GCGUCACAUCUUCCUCUCUUUCGGUUUUGGAGAGAAAAUGGAGAAACACUUCACGGACUCGCGAGUCAAAGGAGUCAGCACGGGAACCACCAUCCUGGCUGCAGUCUUUGAUGGAGGGGUCGUGAUCGGAUCAGACUCCCGAGCUUCCAUUGGAGGGGACUAUGUAUCAUCCAAAGCCAUCAACAAGCUGAUUCAGGUUCAUGACCGGAUCUUCUGCUGCAUUGCUGGAUCACUUGCAGAUGCUCAGGCUGUCACCAAAACAGCAAAGUUCCAGCUGUCUUUUCACAGCAUCCAAAUGGAGAAUCCUCCACUGGUGAUCGCAGCAGCUUCAGUACUGAAAGAACUGUGUUACAACAACAAAGACGAGCUGCAGGCCGGCUUCAUCACUGCAGGCUGGGACAAGAAGAAAGGACCUCAGGUGUAUGUUGUUUCUCUGGGUGGGAUGUUGAUCAGUCAACCCGUCACCAUCGCAGGAUCAGGGAGCACAUAUAUCUAUGGUUAUGUUGAUGCUAAAUACAAAGUCAACAUGACCAGAGAAGAGUGUCUACAGUUUGCCACAAACGCUCUGGCUCUGGCCAUGGGCAGGGACAACGUCAGCGGAGGAGUGGUGAAUCUGGUGGUCAUCACCGAGGCAGGAGUGGAGCACAUUGUUAUUCCUGGUGACAAACUUCCUACGUUCAGCGAUGAGUGACAGGCCUCCUCCUUCAUGGAGACAAACACUGGGAUGAAAGAACAGUUGUUUUCUUCUUUAAAUUUCAAGGUCACAUUGAUGAUUGGAUUCAAGAUGAACAAUGAAACACUUCAUUUUCUGAUAUAUAGGAAUGUGUGAAAUUCCUUAAAUGUAAAAUGCACAACUUUUGUCAACUGCUGUUAAAAAUCUCUGUGAAUAAAGUUUUUUUAAACAGAAAAAUAACAGUCUCUUGUUUGGUCAAGCUUUGAUAAAGUAUUGGUUUGAUAGAAUCUUCAAAAUACUUAGCCAUUCCAGAAAUAGAAAAUAUCCUAUGUCCCAACCAUCAAAUUUUAAAUGUUCCACAUAAAAAAUACUAGAUUAUUUAGUUGCUAAGGAAAUGUACUUGUCUAGUGAAAAGAAUGCUUGAAAAUAGAUCUAAAAAUACCAAAAUACCAAAUAUAAUACUAAAUACCAAAUCUAAUACUAAAUAAUAA